UUUUUUUUUCUCCCCAGAUUUUCUUGGCAAACAAUGGCUGCAGCAAAUGGCUCAUUAGUGACAGAAUUCAUUCUCUUGGGGAUAACAGAAGAGCCUGACCUCCAAGUACCCCUCUUCUUACUCUUUCUAAUAAUAUAUAUGCUAACCACAUUAGGAAAUUUGACCUUGAUCAUUCUAAUUGUGCUGAACUCUCACCUCCACACCCCCAUGUACUUUUUCCUCUUUAACUUGUCCCUCAUAGACCUCUGCUAUUCUUCAGUGAUUACACCCAAAAUGCUGAUGAACUUCUUAGUAAAGAAGAAUGUUAUCUCUUACACAGGGUGCAUGACUCAGCUCUACUUCUUUUGCUUUUUUGGCAUUUCUGAAUGUUAUGUGCUAACAUCAAUGGCCUAUGAUCGUUAUGUGGCUAUCUGCAAUCCACUCUUGUAUAACAUUGCUAUGUCCCCUAAGGUGUGCUUCUAUCUUAUGCUUGGAUCGUAUUUGAUGGGGUUUUCUGGUGCCAUGAUUCACACUGGUUUCAUGCUGAGACUGACCUUCUGUGAUGGGAACACCAUCAACCACUACUUCUGUGACCUCCUCCCUUUACUGCAGCUCUCCUGCACCAGCACCUAUGUCAAUGAGAUGGAGCUGUUCAUUGUAGUAGGAAAGGACGUUGUUGUUUCUACUUCCAUCAUUUUUACUUCCUAUGGCUUCAUUCUUUGCACCAUACUCCAGGUGAGGUCCACUGAGAGCAAAUACAAAGCCUUCAGUACCUGCAGUUCACAUUUAUUUGCAGUUUCUCUGUUUUUUGGAUCAAGCACAUUUAUGUAUCUUCAGCCCUCCUCAGCUGGGUCUAUGAAUGAGACGAAAAUUUCUUCCAUCUUUUAUAGUAUCGUGGUUCCCAUGAUGAAUCCCUUAAUCUACAGCUUGAGGAACAAAGAUGUUAAAGUUGCCCUGAGAAAAACCCUGAGUAGGAUAAUGCAUUGA